UGCACGUUUGCAAUGCAAUUGAGUAGCAAGAAAUUAGAAAGAAAAGUAAUGUGGUAAUUCUCAGAACCUCUAUCUCCACGUAUAUAUUUACGUGGUGACACGUACUCUAGCCGGCUUCUAUUAACUGUACAAUAUUGUAUCUAAAAGCGGCACGUGGUUUUUGCGAAUAGCAUUCAAUAUUUAUUUAAAGUUAGUUGUAUUCUGUUAGUACUAUAUAUUUAAAAAAUGGCAGUAGAGAGAAAAGGAACAUUUAAAGUAGAAUAUUUACAAAAGAUUGAAAAAGAUGUGCAAGCAAAGUGGGAAAGUGAGAAAGUGUAUGAAGAGGAUGCACCUCUUCAAGAUAAAAAAACAGCAGAUGAAAAGUUUCUCGCAACUUUUCCAUUUCCAUAUAUGAAUGGAAGACUUCACCUUGGUCAUACAUUUUCAUUAUCAAAGUGUGAGUUUGCAGUUCGGUAUAAUCGCCUUUUAGGAAAAAAAGUUCUUUUUCCAUUUGGUUUUCAUUGUACUGGUAUGCCAAUUAAAGCUUGUGCUGAUAAAUUAAAAAGAGAAAUGGAAUUGUAUGGUUAUCCUCCACAAUUUCCUAAAGAACAACUGAUAGAAGAAAUUGAAGAUGAUGUAAUAAUAAAAGAUAAAAGUAAAGGAACAAAGAGUAAAGCAGUUGCAAAAACUGUUGCUGCAAAAUAUCAGUGGCAAAUUAUGCAAACACUUGGUUUGAAAGAUGAAGAAAUAAAAAAUUUUGCCAAUGCUGAGUAUUGGUUAGAUUAUUUUCCACCUCUUGCAGUGCAAGAUUUGAAGGCAAUUGGACUGCAUACAGAUUGGCGUAGAACAUUUAUUACAACUGAUGCAAAUCCGUUUUUUGAUUCAUUUGUCCGUUGGCAAUUUCAUCACUUAAAAGCUAGAAAUAAAGUAAAAUAUGGGAAAAGAUAUACAAUUUAUUCACCAAAGGAUGGACAACCUUGUAUGGAUCAUGAUAGGUCAUCUGGGGAAGGUGUAGGGCCACAAGAAUAUACAUUAAUAAAAAUGAAAGUGUUGGAACCUUAUCCUCCAUGUUUACAGCACAACAAACCAAUAUAUUUAGUAGCUGCAACUUUGAGACCAGAAACAAUGUAUGGUCAAACAAACUGUUGGGUUCAUCCAGAUAUAAAUUAUAUUGCAUAUACUGUAUCAAAUGGAGAUAUUUAUAUAUCAACAGAAAGAGCAGCUCGAAACAUGGCUUAUCAAGGUUUCUUCAAAGAGGAAGGAAACAUACCAAUUGUAGCAAAGCUUACUGGAAAGGUAAUAUUAGGAUUAAAAUUGGAAGCACCUUUGACUGCAAAUAAAAUAAUUUACACUUUACCAAUGUUAACUAUUAAAGAAGAUAAAGGUACUGGAGUUGUUACAUCUGUGCCUAGUGAUUCUCCUGAUGAUUACGCAGCUUUAGUAGAUCUAAAAAAGAAACAACCUCUUAGGGAAAAGUAUAACAUAGCUGAUGAAAUGGUGCUACCUUAUGACCCAAUACCAGUUAUUGAAAUACCAGAAUAUGGUAAUUUAUCUGCAGUAACUUUGUACGAUAAAUUAAACAUUCAGUCCCAAAAUGAUAAAGCUAAACUAUUGGAAGCAAAAGAGAUAUUAUAUCUUAAAGGUUUUUACGAUGGAGUAUUACUAGUUGGUAAAUAUAAAGGAAAGAAAAUUAAAGAUAUUAAAAAGCAAAUACAGAAAGAUUUGGUAAAUGAGAAUCAAGCAGUUAUAUAUUAUGAACCUGAAAAAACUGUAAUGUCUAGAUCAAAUGAUGAAUGCGUAGUAGCUUUAUGUAAUCAGUGGUAUUUGGAUUAUGGAGAAGAAUCCUGGAGAAAACAAACGACAGAAGCUUUAAAUAAUGUUAAUACUUAUCACGAGGAAGUCAGAAAAAAUUUUCUGGCUUGUCUUGACUGGUUACACGAAUACGCUUGUUCAAGAACCUAUGGACUUGGUACUAAAUUACCGUGGGAUGAGAGUUGGUUAAUAGAAUCUCUGUCAGAUUCAACAAUCUACAUGGCUUAUUAUACAGUAGCUCAUUUAUUGCAAGGAGGAACAUUUAAAGGCGAUAAACCUAAUACAUACAAUAUAAAAGCCAGUGAAAUGACACCAGAAGUAUGGGACUAUAUAUUUUUCAAAGAUGCAAAAUUCCCGAAAACAAAUAUUAAGAAAGAAGCAUUAAAUCAUAUGCGACGUGAAUUUAAUUAUUGGUAUCCAGUAGAUUUAAGAACAUCUGGCAAAGACUUGGUACAAAACCAUCUUACAUUCUUUCUUUAUAAUCAUACUGCAAUAUGGGAUAAACAACCUGAAAUGUGGCCAAAAGGAAUUAGGGCAAAUGGACAUUUAUUAUUAAAUUCGGCCAAGAUGUCAAAAUCGGAGGGCAAUUUCUUAACUCUUUCUGAAGCUGUACAAAAGUUUUCGGCAGAUGGUAUGCGACUUUGCCUAGCUGAUUCUGGUGAUUCAAUAGAAGAUGCUAAUUUUGUAGAAACCACAGCUGAUGCUGGAAUUCUCAGAUUGUAUAAUUUUAUUGAAUGGAUAAAAGAAGUAUUAGCUUCCAAAGAUACUUUUAGGCAAGGAAAACCACAUACAUUUAAUGACAAGGUUUUUGAAAGUGAAAUGAAUCUAAAAAUACGAGAGACCGGGGAAAAUUAUACCAAAAUGUUGUAUAAAGAAGCAUUGAAAACGGGAUUUUUCGAGUUACAAGCAAUAAAGGACAAAUAUUUACAAUUAAGUACACUGGACAGCGCUAAUCUGACAUUAAUUAUGAAAUUCAUAGAAUUGCAAGUUAUUCUAUUGUCCCCUAUUUGUCCCCAUGUAUCGGAACAUGUGUGGAACCUCAUUGGUAAAGAAGGUAGCAUAUUAAAUGCUAAAUGGCCUGAAGUGGGAGAAAUAGAUGAAAUCCUGAUAAAGUCAUCACAAUAUCUUAUGAAUGCUGCACAUUCAUUUAGAAUUCUUCUAAAGAACUAUAUGACACCAAAGAAAUCAAAAGGUAAAACUGAGUCAUCAGUAAUAGAAAAACCUACCCAGGGAACAAUUUGGGUAGCAAAAACCUAUCCUUCUUGGCAAAAUACUAUUUUGACUACGAUGAAAAAGUUAUAUCAAGAAAAUGAUAACAAACUGCCAGAAAAUAAAGUUAUUGCUGCCGCGCUUGGUAAAUUACCAGAAUUGAAAAAGUAUAUGAAACGGGUAAUGCCUUUUGUACAAGCGGUGCGUGAAAAGAUGGAACUAGUUGGAUUGAGCGCACUUAAUUUGACAUUAGAUUUUGAUGAAUUCGUAGUUCUUCAAAAUAAUAAAAUGUAUCUUGAAAAUACUUUGGAUUUGGAGAAUAUUACGAUAAAAUAUACUGAUGAAGCCCCUGAAAAGACAAAAGAGGAAUGUUGUCCUGGUUCCCCGUACAUAAACUUUUCUGUUAAACCUGGAAUUUAUGUGUGUGCUAUGAAUCCACAAAAGUGCAGUGGUUUAUUUCGAACAAAUGUAAAAAUCGCUGAUACAGAUACUGUAACAGACGUUAUAUCACGAAUAUUAAAAGAAAAUAAGCACGUAAAAGAUCCGUCAUCAAUUCUUCUAUACCGUUAUAAUGAUCCUAUUUUAGGACCUAGAGGUAAACUAGUCCCCGAUGAUAUGUUAAAAGGUAAAACCCAAAUUCCACUUAAUUCUACAUUUAAUGUUGAUAUGGAAACCAAAACUAUUAUAGUAAAUGUAGGAAACAAUGUAUAUAAUGUUGGUGAUGAAUUGGUCUACAUUAAUCAAUCAAUAGAGAAUUGAUAUAUACAUAUACUUACAUAUACACGCAUUAAAUAUAAAUUAUCUAAAUGAUUAUUUAUGGAUAAUAAUUUGGUGAUGAUAAUAUAAGUAUUCUAUACAUAUUUAGUAAAUUUUAUAUGCUAUAAUUGUAUUAUUAAAUUUUAUACUUUUCAUCACUUAAAAAUUCUUUUAAUAUUAUUAAAAAAUAUUGGAUUUUUAUAUACAGUUUUGAUGUAACUCUUGAGGAAUAAAAAAUCUAAUAUAAUUGUUUAUUUUAUAUGUCUAUUAUUAUCUAUAAGCAUUUGUGAUCCAC